GGGAGCACACCCUGGGGCAUCAUAAAUAGUCAGCUGGGGGGAGAUGCCUCCAGCACAGAGCUCAUCUGAGGGGUGGACGCUGCUGACGCCACGUGGCAUCACUCCCAGGACAGAGAUGUGUGUGGGGAAGUGCAGCCGGAUUGUGGGUCCCUGCCUGCUGGCCCUGGGCACGCUCUCCAUGGCAGCCAGCGUCCUCCUGCUCUUCCCUGGCGGAGCAUCCAAGUACCUGUUGGAGGGGCACAUCAGCAGACACGCCCUGGCCGUGCCGGGUGUCUGGGGAGGCGGCAUCCCCGUGCUGCUGGCAGCGACCCACAUCACAGCACUGGGGUGGCGAUGUGCCGGCUGCUCCAACUGCGGCACCCGCUGGAAUGCCUUCAUCUCCACUGUGCUCUCCAAGCUGGCGUUCCUGGGUGCUGCCGCCUGCUUCGUCCUCUCUGGGGUGGGUUUGACCAACGGCCCCCUCUGCUUCUACAACGCCUCUGAGCACAGCCUCGGGCACGGAGCCCUCUGGGGUUACCCCUUCCCGGAUGCCGCUGGCCAGGUGCCUGAUGCCAGGGCUAAGACCUACCUCUACGAUCGGCACACCUGGAGCAUCUGCCUGGAGCCAGAGGGCAUCGUGGCCUGGAACGUCGUCCUCUUCUCCAUCCUGCUGCUCGUCAGCGUGGCCGAGAUGGUGCUGUCCUUCCUCCAGAUCCUCAACGGCUGCCUCGGCUGCCUCUGUGGCCUCUGUGAGGGCAAGUAGGGCCCGGGGGCAGUGCCAGGAGGCUGCGCUCGGAGGAGGUGUCACCUCUGGUGUCACUUGGCUGGUGGCACACGCCGAACUGGAGGUAUGGUAGGAACUGUGACACCGGCCCUUCGGGGUUGGAAAGCAGCCAGGUGAGGGAUGGAGGUGAGGACUCAGCUCAUGGCACCCCAGCAUGAGCCCAACAGCUUCCUUGGCUGCCUCCACCCACCCCAGUGCAAGAUGUGACACAACGGUGUUUGUAGAGACAAGAGCGGGACACUAAUUUAAUUUUUCUUAAUCAGUUCGUAUUUAGGGCAGCUGGGCUGGUGUUUGUCACCUGCAGAGGGCAGGAGAGGGGAAGGAGACCAGAGAAGCAGAGCUGGGCUCUGGCUGGAGCACUUGGAUAGGGUCCUGCUGGAGGAGGCAGGGCUGGAAUUGAGGUGUGGCCCCCCAAAGUUCACCCCCACACAAAUGUCAGGAGCAGAUGCUGCUCAUCCCCAGGACCAGGACCCCACUGCUGUGCUUACAGGGGGGUCACUGGUUUCAGUGCAUCUCCCACUCCCCUAAACCUUCACAGGGACCCAGUGUGGGCCUGAGCCUGCCCGUGCUGGGAGGGUGUUUGCCCCCCACUGACAAGGGCCAAGGAAAGCAGUGAUGGUGGCAGCAGAUUAAAAACACCAAAGCACUGAGCCAGAUUAAACAGUAACUGGGCCACUGUGGUGGUUUAACCCCAGCUGGCACCUGAGCACCACACAGCCACUCCCUCACCCCCAUCCCAUGGGAUGGAUGGGGAGAGAAUCAGAGGGGUAAAAGUGAGAAGACUCAUGGGUUGACAUAAGAGCAGUUUAAUAAUUGAAAUAAUAAUAAUAAAUUGUAAUGUAAAGGAAAAUAAUAAAGAGAUAGAAAUAGAACCCAAGACAGACAAGUGAUGCAACACAAACAACUCUUUAUCGUCAGCCCAAAUACAAAACCCAGCC